CGCGCCGUGCUGCUGGCCGUAGUCGCCGCGCUGUGGUGCCGUUCCUCGGGCUCGGAGGCGGGCGGAGGCGACGUGCUUGGCCGGGCGAAGCGGCCCGAGUUCGCUGCGUGGAUGGCCGGCGUGAGGAGGGCCAUCCACGAGCGGCCCGAGCUGGCGUUCGAGGAGCACGAGACGAGCAGGCUGGUGAGGAGGGAGCUGGACGCCAUGGGCGUGCGAUACGAGCACCCGGUCGCCGGCACCGGCGUGGUGGCGGCCGUGGGCACCGGCCGCCCGCCCUUCGUCGCGCUGCGCGCCGACAUGGACGCGCUCCCGCUGCAGGAGGAAGUGGAGUGGGAGCACCGGAGCAAGGUGGCCGGGAAGAUGCACGCCUGCGGCCACGACGCGCACACGGCGAUGCUGCUCGGCGCCGCCAGGAUCCUCCACGAGCACCGCAACGACCUGCAGGGGACGGUGAUCCUUCUUUUCCAGCCGGGAGAGGAGGUGGGAACCGGGGCCAAGAAGAUGGUGGAGGCUGGCGUCGUGAACAACGUGGAGGCCAUCUUCGGGUUCCACGUCACCGUGAUCCUCCCCACCGGCGUGGUUGGGUCGAGGGCCGGCCCGCUGCUAGCCGGCUGCGGCUUCUUCGAAGCGGUAAUCACCGGGAAGGGCGGCCACGCCGCCAUCCCCCAGAGCAGCGUGGACCCCGUCGUGGCCGCCUCCAGCGUCGUCCUCGCCCUCCAGAACCUCGUCUCCCGGGAGGCCGACCCCCUGGACUCCCAGGUCGUGACGGUGACGAGGUUCCGGGGAGGCGGCGCGUUCAACGUGAUCCCGGACUCCGUCACGAUCGGCGGCACUUUCCGGUGCUUCUCCAACGACGGGUUCAUGCGGCUGAAGCGGCGGAUCGAGGAGGUGAUCGUGGCGCAGUCGGCGGUGCACCGGUGCGCGGCGGCGGUGGACUUCCACGCCGGCGGGCGGCCCCUGCUGGCCCCGACCAUCAACAGCCCCGCACUGCACGCGCACUUCGAGGACGUCGCCACGGAGAUGGUCGGCGCCGGCGGCGUCCGGGGCGCCAUGGAGCCGUGCAUGGGGAGCGAGGACUUCGCCGCCUUCUCCGAGGCCGUGCCGGGCUCCCACUUCUACUUCGUCGGGAUACGGAACGAGGCGGCCGGGUCGGUGCACGUCGCGCACUCGCCGCACUUCCUCGUCGACGAAGGCGCGCUCCCGUACGGCGCGGCGAUGCACGCCAGCCUCGCCAUGACGUACCUGCAGCGCCAGCGCGGGCGCGUGGACUCGCACGAGGAGCUGUAGCUGCGCGCUGUUGCUGCUGGAUGCGGCAUGCGACGUCGGCCGGGCAAGGGCUGCGCGCGCGCGCGCGCUCUGCGGCACGAAGAACCCAAGUUGCCGCGGCGAUUAUCACCGUCGAGUAGAAGUGCUGAGUGGAUGAUUUUGCUGUCCAGCGCGCCCGAUGAAAAUCUGGUCGACUUCGUGCAGAAAUGAUGCGAGAAAAGAAGGUGUCGAUAAUGGUUUCUUCUGAAAA